ACCCGAAGCCACAAAGCUGCAGACUUCUUAGCAGCCACUCACAUCCUUCCAGGUCUCCUGCCUUUAGAAGCCACUCUGGCUGGGUCUUCCCCACCAUGAGCCUCAGCCCCAUGGCCACCUCCUCCUGGACCAGUGCCAGCCCACGUCGUGUCCUCCAGCUGUUGCUGCCACUGACACUGCUCCUGACCACACUGGUUCCCUCCACCACUGGACAAAGUGAUAAUACAGAAAAUGAUUUCUAUCUUGAGUUGCGCUGCAUGUGUGUGAAGGCAGUGUCUGGAAUUCAUCCCAGCAACAUCCGCAGUGUGGAGGUGAUCAAGGCAGGAGCCCACUGCGCCCAAACAGAAGUGAUAGCCACACUGAAGAAUGGGAAGAAAGUUUGCCUGGACCCAGAGGCUCCCUUAGUUAAGAAAAUGAUUAAGAAAAUUUUGGAAGGUGGUGGAUCAGCUGCUUAAUCUGCUCACUUUGUGCCAAACAUUUUCUCUCCCAGGGAGGAUGGGAUAUUGGAAGCCCUGAGUUUUUAGAUUUUCCAUGUAUUCAGGAUAAUAUUCUUACUGUAUUAAAAUUUGGAUAUGUUUUCUGUUUGCCUCAAAAAUUACAUUUUAUUCUGAAAAUGUCGGUUAAUAGAUGACAGAAGUUAAACAUAAGCAAGCCUACUCACAACAUAUUAUCAAUAGUGUACUGCCUAACUCUCGGCUAAAUGUUGUACUGUGCUUUGCAUAUUUUUAUUUGAAAUUUUUGUUUUCAGACAUAUUUGUGUUAACUUUUCUGGCUCUGUUUUUUUACUAUUAGAUUAGAUGUGUUAAUGAUAACUAGUAGAUUUCACAGUGAUGAAUGAUGUUAUAAAUUAUGCAGAGAGCAGCAUAGAAUAUUUGCUUAAUAAAUAUUUGUUAAUAUAUUCAGAAUCUUAAUAGUUUUCUUUUCAAUGUCUUGGACUUAGGAUAUCUUGUUUCAAAGAAUUAUUUAAAAUUUUUUCUAAUGUUUCUUUUAGACUUCAAAUCCUAACCAUAAUAAAAUUGUGGAGUAGAAGCCUUAUAAA